AUGGCCGAACACUCGAGAGUUCACGCUCCAAGCCGCUCAACCGGCGCAGGCGAGUCAUCGCCGUCAUUUGCGCAAACUACAGCCGAGUUCAGUCUUGAAAGCGACCUCGACCUUGACUUCAACGUCGACGACGCAGAGGAGGAUCUGCACUUGCACAAGGCGGGGCUUGGCGGCGGCCAGGCCUAUGAGAUGAAGAGCUUGAAGAAAUUGCCUGCAAGAGAUGAGGAAGGCGAGGGGGGCGACGGCGUGCCCUCGCUGCGGAGGCGGACGAGCACGAGCACCGUUGCGAGCUUCCAGCUGUACACGCCCGACGAGGAGAGAUCCGUUGUUCGCAAGCAUGACCGCAAGCUGGUGCUUUUCGUAGCGCUGCUCUUCAUGCUCGGCUUCCUGGAUCGGUCGAAUAUUGGCAACGCGCGCAUUUCCGGAAUGGAACAAGACCUCCAGACGAACCCCCCGUGGGACGGGUGGUACGAGUGGACACUUACAGCUUUUUACAUCUCGUAUAUCUUUUUCGAGUGGAUGUCGCUGCUGUGGAAGAUCAUUCCAGCCCACAUAUACGUCUCCAUGAUUGUGUUGUCGUGGGGCCUAACCGCCUCACUGCAGUCCGUCUCCGUUUCGUACCCUAUGCUCAUCUUCCUGCGGGUGUUGCUGGGUAUCGGAGAGGCGGGGUUCACGGGGAUACCAUUAUACCUAUCCUUUUUUUUCAAGAGGGAAGAAUUGGCAUUCCGUACAGCCAUCUUUAUUUCUGCCGCACCAUUGGCAACAACGUUCGCGUCGUCAUUGGCCUGGCUGAUUACCAAAUUUGCAGAGAAUGGCCCCAUCGCCCCUUGGCGUCUGCUCUUUUUGGUCGAGGGCUUCCCAUCGGUUAUUGCAGCCGUAGCUGCAUGGCACAUUGUCCCUGAUAGUCCAGAGACGGCGCGGUAUCUCACAGCGCGGGAGCAGAGAGUCGCCCGCCUCCGCCUGCGACGUGAGAAACCGCGCAAAAAGCGCGGGGGGGAGAGCUCUCGUGAGCUUCAAGGGCGGGAGGUGGUCGCCGUUCUGCGUGACCCGAUGGCAUUGCUGACCGCUGCCAUGUUCUUCCUCACCAACAUGGCGUAUUCCUCGCUACCGGUGUUUCUCCCAAAGAUCCUUAGGGAGAUGGGUCACUCUCGUCUGGAAUCGCAAGGGCUCAGCGCACCGCCCUACUUUCUAGCUUUCCUCGUCGUGCUCCUGACUGCCCAUGUGUCGGAUCGGACGCAGAACCGAUCUGUCCCCAUUGUGUUACACGCUCUCGCGUCAGCCGGCGGGUAUGCGGCGCUUGCAUUUGCAAAAUCACUAGGUCUCUCGCCGCUGAUGCGUUACCUGGCCGUGUAUCCCGCCGCAGUAGGCUUCUUCAAUGUCGUUACGCUUACGGUGGCGUGGAGCAUCAACAACCAAGCAUCGGAGAGCAGGCAGGGCGGCGGGUUUGCCUUGAUGCAGAUCAUUGGACAAUGCGGACCGCUCGUGGGGACGAGGUUGUACCCGGAUAGGGAUGCGCCUUUCUACGCGCCGGGCAUGCAGGCCUGCGCCUGCGCAAUGCUCGCUGUGGCCGUCUUGGCUGUGAUCUUGAGGUAUUACCUCGUGUACCUGAAUCGGAAGACGGGCGCCGCCCCAGCGGGUAGUGGAGAUGCCGAGGAGGAGGAGGAGGAGGUAGGAUUAGUUGCACCGGGAGGCCGCGCGGCGAUGGUCAACGAGAGUUUUAGAUAUAUGCUCUAG